UUAUUGGACAACAUUCAAAAAUAAUUAAUAUGCUAGUGUAAUUAAUAUUUAAAGUAUUAAUUAAAAUUUAGGUAAAUCAAUAAAAAUGAGUGAUUCAGAAGAAGAAAAUUAUGCAAAAUACGGAUGUGCACUUGACCCUCUUGACGAAGAUAAUUUACCACGGAAAAAACCCGUGGGAAUUCAAGAUCAAAUUGCUGUUGACGAAUAUGGAAGACGUAGAUUUCAUGGGGCUUUUACAGGUGGUUUCUCUGCUGGAUAUUUUAAUUCCGUUGGAACAAAAGAUGGAUGGCAACCUCAACAAUUUAAAUCUUCUCGUAAAAAAAAAUUUGAAGGCAUCACUCAACGACCAGAAGAUUUUAUGGAUGAAGAAGACACCAGUGAAUUUGGAAUUGCACCAACUAGAAUAGGUGUUACUUUAGAUUACGUUGAUGCUAAACAAAGGGGAACUAAAAGAAAAAUGGCUCGGCAUAUUAAUGAUGGUCCAAUUCCUGGAACGCCUGUUUUAGAAAAUGUCAUUAAACCUGUCAAGGACAGAAUAGGCGUGAAGUUACUUAAAAAAAUGGGCUGGAAACCAGGACAGGGUAUUGGACCACGACUGACAAAAAGAGAAAAAGCUAAUGUUAAAAAACAAAACGAAAAAGUAAAAGUGUACACUUGUUAUAUGCCUACUCAAAAGAAACAAUACGAAACAAGUGACUCGGAAUCAUCAGAUGAUGAAUAUUCAGAAAUUAAAUUUGCUCCUGACGAUUAUGAACCAUUUAGAAUUAAUCCAAAAGACAAUUUUUUUGGAAUCGGUUACACUGGAUUGGAUAAGCGACCAGUCCUCUCUGGCCACAUAAAUUUGUUUGAACCACAAACCUUUUGUCUUGAAGAAAAAAAUAAGAAAUUUUCUGUAACUGGUCAGGCAUUCGGAGUUGGUGCCUUUGAAGCGGAGGAUGAAGAUAUCUACGCACGAGAAGACAUGUCAAAUUACGAUUUUGAAUUGGGACCGUCAAAGAAAUUGAAUUCGAAAUCAAGUCAAAGUAAAGUUGUUACUUUUAUGAGAAAUGGAUGCUUUGAGAGUUUUCUACUUGCCAAAAAUUCGUUACCUCGCAGAAAAUUUUUCGAGCCACCCGAUUUGCCAAAGGAUUUUAAAGCUGUUCAUGUUAUUCGAAAGAGUCGAUUCAAUCCUCCAAUUGAGUCACCUCCACGUAAUGUGACGAAAAAAUAUGGUGGUCAACAUUUGAAUGCUGAGGCGAGAGGCGCUAUUAUUGGUGAACCUUCUUUAUCACGGAAUUCACAAGAAUCAGGUGAAUCUAAUAAUAAAUCUCAUAAUAAAGAACAAUCGAACAAAAUUGAUUGUGUAUCAUCACUUGCUGCGAAAAUAAUAACUAAAACAUUAAAUCUACAUGGACGGGAACAAGUUGCCGAGAGACAAAAAUUGGAAAAAGAGAGAGAAAUUGCUGCAGCAUCCUCAUCGUGGUUAGAUAAACUUUAUUCAUCGAGUUUCGUGAAAGGCGGAACCAUGGGACCUGGCUUGAAUGUUGAUGGGAGUCUUCAAAAUUUAGAACAAUACCAAGAAUCGAAUAAGUCAGAAAGCCUGAAUAAACUUGAUUCGCCUGUAGAAUCUAAGAGUUCCAUGAAUCUUUUCAUUACCAAUCCUGAUAAACAGCAGCGAUUCGAAAAAUAUCUCGACUUACGUAAACACAAAGAAACUCACAAACUCGAUGGAAUUCAACCUUUCACAAUGAGCGAAUGGGGAAGAAAUCAAGAAAAAACUGAGUUUGAACAAGCGGCAAGACUUCUGGAUUCGAAGAAUAUCCAAAACUCCAGCAUGGAGGGAAAGAAAAACUCCGUGGUCAAAAAGUUUGUCACGAAUCCUUCGAUUUUCAGUGAACCAGAAGGCAUUACAAAUCAAAUGAAGGAGGCAGCAAAAAUGAAAAUGUUUGGUAAACUAACUAGAGAAAGAAUAAUCUGGCAACCUUCCAGCCUCGUUUGCAAAAGGUUCAAUGUUGCAGAACCAAAUGUCGGUUGCGCAAUGGACACUGAAAAGAAGAAGAAGAAGAAGAAGUUUUCCGUUUUUGAAUCAUUGGACUUUUGUGGUGGAGCUUCGAAAUUUCAGACAUCAACAAUUUUAGAAAAGGAGAUCAAUUAUGAGCCACAAAGUCCAAGUCUCAAGGAGAAAAAAUUCGAUGAAAUAAUUACAGAGGAAACAACCGAAAUAGAUAAAAAUUUUGAAGCUUCAUAUGAAAAGGUAUUCGGAAAAGGUGAACAGUUUUCAAUGAUUUAUGAUUCGAAAAGUGAACCAAGCUUCGAGGAAGCAAAAGAAAAAAUUCAAGAGAAACGUGAUCUUUUUAAGGCCAUUUUUCUCAGUAGCAGUGAAGAUUCGGAUUCUGAUCCAGAAAAAAGUGUUGACAGUGAAAUUGUAAAAUCAGUUUUGAUUGGACAACCAGGUGAAAUUAAUAUUCAACGAAAUACAUCACCACCGAGGGGUAUUUUUGCAAACUUGGAUUUCGAUAGUUUAGUCGGUCCAUCCACAUCACAAUCUGAUAAGAAUAAAAAUGAAGCAUCUGCUACUAGACAAGUGUCACCGGAUGUUAUAGAAGUCACUUGCAAAGUUAUUCCAUUUUCUUCUUCACGGGAUUUAGAAAAGUCGAAAAAUAUUACUGAAAAUCGUGAUUCAUUGCAAAGUUCAAGAUCGUUUUUUAAAAGUGUUGAUGACACUUCUUCCGAUAUUUUCAGGGAUAAUAAAAAGAAAGUGAAAGACAUUGGAAAAAGAACAAAAGUGAAAAAAUCGAAAAAGGAGAAAAAAAAACAUAAACACAAAGACAAAGAACGUUAUAAACAUAAAAAAUCAAAAAAAGAAAAAAAGUCUAAACAUUAAAAAAACAAGUGAUUUAGGUUACAUAAAAAUAAGACAAGGAAAAAUAGAGUUUGUAAAAGGGGAAAAAUAAUAAUUAUAUAUAUAUAUAUAUAUAAUAAAUAGAUGUUUACAUUAAACACAAAUAA